AAGCCCAUUUCAAGGGGGCUUCACUUAAGAGGGGGCUUAACCCAUUUCAAGAGUUGCCUCACUACUUAAUGAAGAGGGAGGCCAGGCCCAACACACCCACCUGACCGAAAGGCAAUCAGUCUGCCACAAAAAGCCAUCCCAAGAGGGGAGCAGAUCCUCUUCGGCCCCCAAUGGGACCUUGGCAUACCUGCGCACAAAAUGGAGGCCCAGCCACUCCUCUUGGUUUAGGAGCCCCUCACUGCCAUAGCAAAACUGCAGGAGGGUUUGAGAAAAUUAUUUUUUCUACAUUUUAGUGAAUACUAUUAAAAUUACAUUUAACAAAAUUGCAUUAAUAAAUAAUAUUGAUUACAUGUCGAUAGAGGAACGGUGGCAAUUUUCAAUAAAUGUUUUCAGUUCUGCAGGAAGGCUGAGAGGGGGUCUCCUUCCGAGGGGUCCCAGCAGAGCCGUGGCACAUGCGCUAAGAGACUGGUUCCGUGUGGCACACCAGGAGACUGCAACAUGCGGAAGAGACAAGGGCAACGCGCCUCAGGACAUGCCCGGGCUCAGCUGAGGGAGAGUCAGCUCAGCACUUGCCAGCUUCCCUCAUCCUCAGGACAUCCUGAAGAUGUUGGGGCAAACAUGCUCCGUUUCAGGCAAGCCAUUGCUGAAAGGGAGCACCAGGUGACAGAGCACCUGAAGCGCCCAUCCCAAGUUGCAAAACCCACGUCCUCUGGAGACGCCUCAUCUUGAGGGCCUGGCAGCCGCCCUCCUUAGGGGAAUCGUGCAGGGCUGGGAAUGAAUUGGGAGGUGCCAAGGAGGCACUGCGUCUCCAUCAGCCCCUCCAUUGGCUGCCCCUGCUCACUCAGCGAAGAAUAAAAAGAGCCCCGGCCCAGCCCUGGGAUGCAUGCCGGACAGCUCGCCAUGUGGCCCCUGAUCCUGCUCAGCCUGCUCUCCGGAGGCCUGGUCCUAACCAGCAAGAUCCAGAAUGAAUGUGCCAAGGGAGCAGCGUAUUGGUGCAGCAACUUAAUGACAGCUAUCAAGUGUGGUGCUUUGGAUCACUGUGUCCAGACUGGGUGGAAUCAAGCCAGCAAUGAGAGUGUCUGGAACAGAAUCAGCAAUGAGGACAUGUGUGCAGACUGCAAACAACUGAUCUCCAUCCUGGUGCGCAUGGUCAAGGAAUCAGCCUUUAAGAAAGCUCUCCAGGAGUAUUUGGAGCAUGAAUGUACCAAUUUGCCACUUCAGACACUUAUCCCACAGUGCCAGGCCUUGGUCAAGGACUACUAUGCCCGCUUAAUUGCCAGCCUGGAAAAACAACUUGAUCCCAGCAUCGUUUGCACCCAGCUGGGUGCCUGUCCAGCUGACCUUCCGGGAAGCCAGGAUGGCUUGAUGCAGCUGUUCAGAGGGCUAGAGCAGCUCCUUCCACAGCUGCAAGGCCAGAUACCCAUCCUGCCCAGCGGCCACACUCAGGAGUCCCCCCGGGAGCGAUGGCCCAUCCCCCUGCCCCUCUGCUGGUUGUGCAGGACGUUCAUUGCCAAGGCUGAGUCUGUCGUCCCCAAGGCCGCUAUUGGCAAAGCCCUGUCCAAAGUCUGCUACAUUCUGCCAGCAGUUGUUGAGGGCAUGUGCCAGUGUCUGAUGGAGAAAUACACGGUCAUCAUUGUGGACACAAUUGUGAGCAAGCUGGGGCCACGCCUGAUAUGCGGAAUGAUGCUCAUGUGCGCCUCAGAGGAAAACUGUGGUCCAGAGAGCCUGUUGCCGGCCACAGCCGAGGGAUGUCAGACGUGCCUUAAGAUCAGCGACCAAGUGAAGACAUCUCUAAGGGGAAACCACACCAGGAGGGCAGUGGAGGCAGCCUUGUCCACAGCCUGUGGCCCUUCCUUUCCCUCCUGGCCUCAGUGCAAGCACUUCCUUUACCAGCACCAGCCAAAGCUGUCCGCACUGUUAAUGAAGCCGUGGGACUCCCAAACUACCUGCCAGGAACUGGGUGCCUGCAGAGCUGAGCAGCUUUUCCCAAGCGCCACUCCUUGUGCCCAGGGACCCACUUACUGGUGCUCCAGCUUGAGUGCAGCCAAGCGAUGCAAGGUGAGGACUGGGCCUUUCUGCUCUCUGCUGGCGCCCCCGAAGCCGGCCAUUCUGCACAGCCAGCAGCUCCCCAGGGCUAUUUCAGUCCCAGCAAUUCAGUGAGGACACAAUUGGGAACCAGCGUGAACCCAAAAGGAUGGAUUUCAAAUGAAUUUCGGUGCUAGGAGCCUCAUCCCAGAAUGUCGCAGGGGCUCACAAUGGGGCCAGGAUCUGAUUUCUCUCUCCCCCAUCCUCCUCUAGGCUACACAGCACUGCCAGGAUCACGUAUGGUUGUAACCGAGUAAGGAGAGUCCGGCUUAAGGCAGGACAGCCCUGCUUCUCUCACUUUGACUGCUGAGGAAGAAAAUAAUCUCAACUAUUAAAAUUAACCUCCAGAUCA